GCAACAUGGCGGCGGCGGCCGGGCGGCGUGGCGGGGGUUUGGGGCGGCCCCCCGCGCCCGUGAGGGACGUGCCGCCCGCCGGGGAGCUGGUGCGGCCCUCGGUGACAGAGCUGUCCCAAGUGCGGACCAACAUCCUGUGCACCGUGCCCGGCUGCGGGAAGGUGCUGCCCAACAGCCCGGCCCUCAACAUGCACCUCAGCAAGGCGCACCCGCUCCAGGAUGGAAAACUUAAUGCACCAAUAAGGAAGGGUUUGAAAACUUCACAGAAAUUCUACUGCUGUCCUAUUGAAGGCUGCCCUAGAGGACCAAACAGACCAUUUUCCCAAUUUUCUCUUGUAAAACAGCACUUUAUGAAAAUGCAUGCUGAAAAGAAGCACAAAUGUGAUAAAUGUAGUAACUCCUAUGGCACAGAAUGGUAUUUGAAACGGCAUAUAGAGGUCUGUGGCAAGACUUUCCAGUGUACUUGUGGGUGCCCUUAUGCCAGCAGAACAGCAUUACUGUCCCAUAUUUACAGAACUGGCCAUGAAAUUCCUGCAGAACACAGGGAUCCUCCUAGUAAGAAAAGGAAAAUGGAGUCCUCCGUACAUAAUCAGCAGUUGGCAGAGAAAGCAAACGAAGCAUUCAGCAAUACCCACAGUACUGCUCCUGGCACUCAGGAAUUGGAGUCCUCCGAAGUGAAAGUAGCAGCCUCUCUUGAAGGCUCCUGCAGUUCUAACUUCACGAACCAAAUGCAGCCAAAAUGUGCACCAAAGAUGCUUUUACCCAAGCCCAAGGUGGCUUUGGUUAAACUUCCAGUGAUGCAGGUUGCUCACUUGCCUGUGUAUGUAUCUGCAACAGACUCUUCUGUCAAACCUGCUGUAGUGGCUGUUGAUAAUCAAGGUUCAGUUGUAAGUACUGUUCAUUUAUUGCCUCAGUCUAUAGGAAUCCUGAUUCCAGCCCUGGAGGCAGAAACACUUGUUUUUAAAGACAGUAUGCCUGUUUCAAAAGUGAUGACUUCUGGUGAUUGUGAGCCAGUAAGUACUGGUGUACAAGUUGAAUUGGACAAGGUUACAUCAAAUAACACAGGGCAAGAACUGGGGAAUGUUUGUCACAAGAACAAAAUUUCUUCAAUAAAUAUACAGACUGACUUAUCUUACAUCUCACAGAGCUUUGUACCAGCUGCAGCCUGGACUCCCAAUUCUUCUGUGUCCUCUUGUUCUCAGACAGAUCUGUCAUUCAGUUCCCAGGUUUCAUUACCCAUCAGUGUACAGACACAGACACUGCUGCCUGCUUCCAAACUGACUUCAUCCAUAGCUGCUCAGACUGAUGCUUUCAGUCAGGGCUGUUUUCCAACGUGUGGCAUUUCCAGAGAGACUCAAACCAGCAGGACACAGGACUGUAUUGAUGGAAGAGUACAGAUGGACCAGGCUGUAAUGUGCAGCGACAUUUUUGACAAUGUUCCUUCAUCAUAUAAUGUUUCUACUCACAUUGAACUUCCAGAAAACAAUUUAAUGCCUGCAAGUAUAGAUCAAACCUUGCUGCAAAGAAGUAGUUGCAAGAGCCUGAAUGAGGAUACGGUUAAGUCUGAAUCCCUUAUCAGCUUCAAUACACAGACAAAUAUACUUCCAUCUCAAAAUACAACAGAUAAUCAAACCCAGACAAUGGAUCUGCUAAGUGAUCUGGAAAACAUCUUUUCAGGAAACAUGUCUGGCCAGACACUGGAUAAUCGUGGCCUUUUGUCUGAGACAAGUUCUAAUGCUGACACACAUCUUCCAUCUGGUCCAUCACAGAGCACAGGGAUAGACUUCGACAUUGAAGAGUUCUUUUCUGCAUCCAACAUCCAAACUCAGACUGAAGAGAGUGAGCUUGGUACCCUGAACUCUGAGCCAGUUUUGGAGUCACUGGACAUUGAAACUCAGACUGAUUUCUUAUUUUCAGAUAGUGCCACUCAAUCAUAUAACUGCCGAGGCAAUUCUAACUUCUUAGGUUUGGAGAUGUUUGAUACACAGACACAGACAGACUUGAAUUUCUUUUUGGACAGUACUACCCAUCUGCCUUUAGGAAAUAUUCUGAAACAGUCUAGUUUCUCGAUGAGCACUGACUCAUCUGAUACAGAAACCCAGACAGAAGUAUAUAUGGCUACUAAAAAUACACCUGCUCAGAAUAUUGAAAGCAAAGUCCAGCUCAGUAGUGCUGAGACACAGACUAUGGAUAGCUGCUUUGAGAAUCUGGGGAGUUUAUUCCUUACCAGCAAUGAAACACAGACAGCAAUGGAUGACUUCCUUCUGGCUGACUUAGCCUGGAAUACAAUGGAGUCCCAGUUCAGUUCAGUAGAAACACAGACCUGUGAAGAGCUGUGCUCCUUGUUCCAGAGCUCUGACAAGCCCAGCCACUGAGUGCUACAUAAUAUAACUGUUCCUUGUGGUUUGAAUUUAACUUAUUGGGGUGGGAGAGUUGGCUUUACCAAGUGAUCCACUUUGCAUUAUUGAAUGUACUUGUCACAAGCAGUUGACCUAAGAGACUUUUCAUGCUGAAGGUACUCUACUGAAUAUGUAACUUUACAUAAACUAUGUGUGUAUAAAUAGAGGGGAAAGGGGGGGCUGUAACAUGUUAAUGUACAUUUGAACCUUAAAAAAUUAUGUGGUGCCUAUGUUUUUUCCUCAGACUUCUUUAUGAAGCUGUUACUGCUUUCAUCUAAGUGGAAGAACGUUUAAAGUUGUUCUCAGUAUCUCUCUGACUCUCUGUUCCUGGCUUACAUGCAGGGUUCCAAUGUGCUGGACCAAAACCCUGACCUGUUCAAUUGUGAUGCUUCCCUGAACUUACGGGGGAGGAUUCUAUUAGUGUAAGCUACUUCUGUUUACUUUUUUUAGUAGCUUGUAUUUUAAAUCCGGCAUGAACAUAAUCAGCCGCAUUGUCUUCUUUUACUUUAUGCCUUCACAGCUCUUUCUCCUGCAUAAGCUGACAUUUUCCAAAUACCUGUCCAACACACUAGACACAUAGAGAUUCUUGAAUUGUUGAAAAUAUUUAUUAUUAAAAAGGUGUGUAGAAAGCAGUAUUUUUUUUUUCCCUGAGUGGCACUGAUGCUCUUUGAAGGGUAGGAAAAGAACUUGGAAUUUGUAAUUGUAGGGAAAAUUAGUAUGUCAUCCUUUUAGCUAGUGUAAUAAAUGGGACUAACAUUUUUAGAGUGUUCAGAAGGGAUUUGCUUAAAUUAUUUCUGUCUUGAAGAUGCAAAUGUUACAGUGUGUGUGCCUCAGAGACUGGAAUCAUUUGGUUUUGCUAAAAUUCUCCUAGCUUUAUUGAGAUAUGAGUUGAGAAAUGUUAAUGUUACAGUGGUUUACUACCUUAAGAGAAAUCUUUAAAAAUGGACAAUUAAAUUCCUUAAAACACUCACCUUGACUUCCUGUUUUGGACUUCCUGCUUCCAAAAAGAAUUGGAAAUCCAUACAGCAGAGCUGGGAGACCAGCUCACAGAAGCCCUCCCAGAACAGCUCUAUCUUGCUUUUGCACUUCGAUCUGCAGCCCUCAUUUCCUGCAGCUUUCACAGUUUCCCAGAGUAUAGUCAAAUUCACACAAUCUGAUUUUUCAGAGAAGAAGCAUAUGACCUCUUGGCACCUUUUUUUUUAAUGUUUAGGUUGCUCCUCAUGCCACUGUUUGUGAUAUUUUUCAUUUACAUUAAGCCAGUUGUGAAUGUAUGUGAAUGUGGCCUUAAGUAAUUUUUAUCUCUUACUCUAAUAUCUGUGAAAUGUAGGCCUCUGGUUUUGUACUGGACAGGUUUUAGUUUCUCUAACCUUAAAGGAAAACUCUGUGUGUCAAAUUCCUGGGCCUGUAACGGACUUUACUCCUCCAUUGUUAGAGGAGGUGUAUUGGCUGUGUAUUUACUGUACAGCCCAGCAGCAAAUGUAUGUCCAAGCCUUAGGUUUUGAUGACUCCCUAUGCUUUGUGCUGCAUAUUCUCAAUUCAAGGAUGUGGGAGUUAAGUUAUUCAUCCAUUGCAGCCAGCUUGUUUUUGUUGCAGAUGAGCAAUACCUUUAUUUUUCCCCCUUUUUUUUCCUUUAUCUUUUCCUAAUAGUCUUUAUAUUGCUGUGUUGAGUGUCUUUACUGAAAUAAUCUCUUCAGAUUAAUCCUGAAACUCACAUUUUCCUUCUGAAACCCCAUCUGUAUUGCCUGUUUGAUUUUUCAGCAUUUCUAGGUAUGAUUUCAGACACUUCCAGUCUGGCUGAAGAAACUGCAGAACAGAAUCUUGCAGUUCUUCAGGAGAAAGUAACUCUGCUGUGAGGAAUGCCCCCAGGUUUCACAAUAUCUGUAGAGUUCUCAUCUGAAGGGUGGGUUAUAUUUAAAAAAGGAAGGCCUCAUUUGUAAUUUUGUUUCUUGAGAAGAUAUGACUGAGUCAUAUUUACCUGCCUACUUUGAGAGAUAAGAUAACAAAAUUAGGUUAAUUUAUUCUAUUGCAAUAUCUUUGUAGUAAUGUUGCAACUUCACAUGUUAAAGUGUUUUUCCUUCUCCUUUCUUCCCCUGGCUGGAAUACCAGAGAAUGCUUCUUCCUACACUGAUUUCUGUUUCCCAUGUGCAAGUUGUCUGUAAUGACAUGUGAAAGAGAGGCAGUUACUAUAAAGCUGGUUUGGAAAAAGGGUAUUUUCCACAGCUGUAGAAGCUGUUCAUUACCUCUGAAUUUAGAAAGUUAGUCUUUACUCUUCAAGAGGAGAGACCAGCGAGGUUUAAAGUACUUUGAAACUAAUUUACAAAUUGGAGUGAUAAUUGCCAUGUUAUUGUGUAAGCCAAAGCUCUUAGCAUUAGGGACUGUCAGGAAAAGACCCAAAAGUUUGUGUGGAUGAAAUCUUAUAAUGUAAUCGUUACCCAGUUAUUGUACUUUUUAAUUAAAAGUCUUUCUGAGCUUUGUGUGUUUUAUUAGAACAUGCAAAUCAUAAUCCUUUCACUCAUUCUAUUUGUUUAAAACAGUUUGUACUUUAAUUAGGUGAACACAGUGCUACAACAUGAAGUCAUUUAUUGAAAGUGCAGUAUUAAGAAAUCAUUAAAUGUCUGCCCUGUCUUAGGAAAGACAAAAUUACCUUCUGAGCAAAAUUAACUUCUUUCUUCACUAAUUUGGUUCUCCAUAAAUUAUUCAUAACAGUGAAAAACAGGUUUGGAUCAUGUAUUUCUGGCAUAUGUCACUCAGUUUGGACUUAAGUACUUUUAUGAAAAUGUGAAGACUGCAGCCAGACUUCAUAGUUUGGUGAAUCCCACAGAAAACUUCAUGAAACCUGAUCUGAAACACUAUUGCUGAGUAUGACAAAUUCUUCACAUUUAAACAAAUUCUUAGAAAAGGGUGAUUUUCUAUUUUUGCCUUUGUUAUAAAAUAAACUUCAGACACAACUGUUUUUGGGUAGAACUAAAAUGAUACUUAUCUCCCUUUUUCUGCAGUUUGUCUCUGAUUUGAUUUUCAAGGCACUGUAUUGUAAGUAUUGGUCAGCAGUGACUUACUGUCUUACUCUUUUUUGUAUCCUCUAUUGCCAGUAGAGCUGCUAUACAGAAAGUAACAUCAGAUUCUCUGUAGCCUCUUAGCACAGUUUUUUAUCUGGAAGUGACACUAAUGUUAUGUGUACUUAUCCUUUGUGUUUCCUGCUUAAUUCUGUUAAGCUGUGAUUGCUGGAUCUUGAUCUGGAUGCCUGUGUAACACUAUUAUAAAAUUGAAUUAGUACUUUUGUAGUUUCAUUUGUGUUUUGCUUUAGUAUAUAAAGAGUUGAACAAAGAAAACAGCAGAUUUGGGGCUUGCAUUCUGUGAGAACAUAAGCACAAAUAUGCUGAAAAAUGAAAGGUUUGUCUUGUUGCCUUCCGUAUUUGUUUGUCAGAAUGCUAAAAGUUUGUCUGACAGUAGAUGUUUCUUCUUCUUAUGGCUGUUUUUGUAUCUAUUUCUGCUAAUACACCUGUAAAUACUUUCUGCUGUGGGCAGGGAGGGAGUCCUCCCCAAAACUUUUUGUGUUGGCCCAGAAAAAUUGGUAGUUUUAAGUCAGAGUUUGCUAAUGCUACAUAUUCUUAGUUAUGUAAAGCUGCUUGUGUUUUGAAAAUUCUCAGUUCCAAAGGAUAUGUAAGCAUUUAAAAAAUGUAUAUAUACUUGCAGCUGUAAAUAAAACAGCUGCAAAAGAAACCUUGUGAACCUCAUUUAGUUUUGAAGAACUUGAUUCAGUGUCUGUAACUUAAUGUAUGUAACUAACUCCUUAGAAAUUUUUAUUUCAAGGCACAAUACACAGUUUUUUCUGUUGGAAACAAGAGGCUGAAUUUCCCUGUUAGUCACAUGGACCCCAGUUGUGUAGGGGCAACAGAACAAAGAACAAUGGCUGCCUUCCAUUAUUCUAAAUCCUUAUGCUGCUAAGAUGUGAAUUGAUUUUUUUUGUGAGGCUGGGUAGAAAUGUAAGAGUUGGCAGGACUGGGGGCUUAGGGGGCUAGAGGGGGGUUAAUAGCCUUUUAAAUGUAGGGAAAUUUAAUAGAACUGAUACUGAAUCAACAUAGAGUGCUCAGCUCGCAAAAGAACACGUUCCUGAAAUGGCAACUCUGAGGUGAACCAAAUGUGCUUGCCUUUAUCAUUAAGGUUGUACAGCUUCCUUUGCUUUAAUAUAUUUCUGACAUGUGUUGAUUUUUUUAAACACUGUCUUAAUGUACCAUUUACUGUUCCAAAUGCAUUCACACCAAACUGUUGGUAACAUUCUGGGCCUUGCAAGCUUUUUCAUUCCUGUUUGGUUUAAGGUGCUGCUAUGCUUGUGUCCUGGUAGGAUGGGCCUCCAGUAACCAUUGAUAACAGGAACACUGUGAGGAUACAGCUGUUUAAUGGUAGCAAACCAGUGUAUGGUGCCAUCAUGCAUCUUCUGUUUCUUUUGUUGUUUUUUAAGAGUUGAUGUGAAUUUAAAUAUGUGCAAGAAGGACUUGCUUAGGACGUGACUGAAUUCUCUUGUUUUAAGUGCCAUUGCUAUGCAAUGAACAGAACUCAGCGCUCAGCCCCGCAGUCAGGGUGAGGGAAUGUUUGUGUUUGUGUGUGUGACUCUUCACUGAAAACGUAACCAGACAGCCUGAAAUGGUGGAAACGCCUCAAGGAACUGCUGAGUUAAAUGACAGAAGUCCCUUUACUUGUGACCGCUUUUCAUAUGCUGGCUUUACAGUGCCUGCAACAACUAGCAAUGGAAUAUAAUAGAUGACUUGUGGUGAUGUCAGCUCUACAUUUCACAACAUCCAGUGCUUUACAUGCUUCAGGCACCUGCAUGCAGAGCUAGAUUGACAGUACCUCUAUCUACAGACAUUUUCAAGUGCAUCUGUGAUAAAGCUAGGUAUGAAAGAUGGCCAUAUCUUUAUAGCUUAAAGACUUCAACACCUGAUUACCAUCUCAUUUAAGUUUGUAAUUAUUUGGAAUGAAUGAGUAAUAAAUCUCAUGGGUGAGUCUUUCCCAAAGCGUGUGUAAGUUAAUCUCAGCAAGGCUGAGAAAUGUCCUUAAAAUAUUUUUCUUCUCAUUACUGGUGGGAUUUUUUUAUUUGAAUCUAGUUUUCAAAGGAUGUUCAUGUUUAAUCCUUGAUAUUUAAGCCAGUAAACUUGCAGUGACCAGACAAAAUCAAGCAUUCAUUUCUUAGACCUAUUUUACAAGUGACAAUCCCAAAGAAGGAAUGUUGUCCUAGUAACUGUGAAACUUGUAAUUACAUUAUUGCAUGCAGAGAAAACUUUGUGCCAAAAUACUGUUUCAUAUUUCCCUCUGUUGGAAACUGAAGUGUUACACAAAGCUACUAGUAAGUUAUUCACAAGUAUUGAAAUUGUUUUGUUCACAAAUGAAGCACUUAUUCAGUUCUGUAAAUUAUACAUAUUUUGGAAUAAAGUUAACUUCAAUCAUU